AUGGCAACAGCAUUCCUGUAUUCCAAUUCUACAAACUCCAGUGAGUUCGUGAUUGUUCGCGAUUGGAAGUCAUUAUAUUUCGUGCUGUCCCAACUGGCCCCCUUCUCACUGGCCGUGGAUCGAUAUGCCACCCCUCUCUGGUGUGUCAUCGGGGUCUUAGGAAACCUUAUUUCUGCUCGAAUAUGGACAUUACGACGUAUGCGCAAGUGCAACACCUCAGCAUCCUAUCUGGCAACUUUAGCUCUCUCCGAUUGUUUAUUUUUAGUUCUGUUAGUUGGCAAUGAGCUUCAGUAUCCAUGGAUGGUGGGCGUUCUGGAUCUUCAGGGCUGGUGUCAGAUAUGGAACGUCCUGCAGAUCAUGUGUCAAUACAUAUCCGUGUUGCUGGUCUUCGCAUUUACAGUGGAACGCUUCAUUUCUGUCUGCCGACCUUUCUCUUGCGAGAAGUUCUCUAAAAGAUCAAGGUGGUCAAAAAUCAUCUCCGCCAUAUUGUGUAUAUCUGCCGUUCUGGCCAUGCCACAAGCAUUUUUCUGGAAUGUGAGUCCAGAUAUCGGUGAGUGCGCUGUCAGGAGAUCUUUUAACAGUAUCUACGUCGUCUGGAACUGGACUUCUGAUUUGGUGAUGUUUGGCGCAGUUCCCAUCGUGGUGUUUCUGCUGAACUUGUGCGUUCUUAAACAGAUAAGAACUGUGGGCAAACUGUACGUAACAAGCGACAAGCUAUACAGACAUGCAGGGCCUAGGUGUACUUCAACUACUGCUACACUUAUGUGGAUUUCCUUUUAUCUGAUAUUCAGCAAACUUCCCGUGACUAUUAUGUUCACAAUGCAGUCAAGUGUUCAGUUUGGAGACAACAUGAGCCUGGAUGCUAUGAAACGGGACGUAACAUGGCAGAAUUACCUGAAUUAUUUUACAGCGCGGAAGAUUAUAGAAGAGCUGGGCAUUUCUCAUCAUGCAUGCAAUAUAUUUAUCUACGCCACCACCAGCAAACAGUUCCAGUCGCAUCUCAAAGCCUUGAUGGUGCACACUUUUAAGCGCAAGGGAAUGGUGCCACGGAGUAGUCCAACGCCAGUUAGAACCAGACAGUGUGUUCAGCCUAAACCUUGA